CGCGUGUCCCGCCCAGCGCCGGCUCGUGCGCCCCUCUCCCGCUCGCCGGUUUCCCCGCCAACGCCCCAGCCUCGCCUUGCGCCUCUCCCCUGGGCUCCCUCGUCUCCCUAGGUUUUUUCCUCGCUCCUCGCCUUCUCCAUCCUUCCUCCUUAUCUUCCUUCGCCACAGCCUCUCCUGUUCCUUUUCUCACUCACUUCACUCGGUUAUCUCUCCGUCUCGGCCUUUCCCCCUCUGCUCUGUUUUCUCUUCCCUGACACCUCCGUUCCCCCUUCUUCCUGCGGGAGGCUCCUGGCUGCCCCACCCUCCUGGUCCAGGCGGGCACGUUCUUCACCCCUACGUCCUCACACUUUAUUGAGCUCCUGCUUGGUGCCGGGCACCGAGCUGCCUGCUGGGGAAUCAGAGAUUGAUAUGACCCAGGACCCACCAUCGGGACGUCUCAGCCUAGUGGGGGUGAAGAUAAUCGUACCUACAAUUGGUAGAGAACUGGCCUGAAUUACCUUGUCUGUUGUGACCAGGAGUUUACAUGAAGAAUGAUUGACCAUGGCCUUCCUACUUGAGAAACAGUGACCCUGGACUAUUCACCACAGGAGGCUUUGCUGCCUUCCUGGGCUUAUUUUCAUCACAAAGAGCCCCGUGUUGGCCAAGAACACAUCUGUCCUAGUCAUGGAGCAGCGGCAACCAGCGUUCCGGCCCUGAAGAGCCUCGGGCGCGGCCUCGCCUCUCCGGCCCGGAGCCGGUAUCAGCACCGCGGACAGCACAGCGACGGUCGCCGGCACCUAGGCGCCUGCCCGCCCACCAGCCCACGGGCGCCCCGGCCCGCGGCGUCCGCAUCAGCACCGCGGACAGCGCCCCGGGCGCCCGCUCGCCGCCGCCAGCCCACUUGCGCCCCGAGUCAGUUCCGUGGACAUCCCGCCUCGACGGGCCCUGCAGCAGGCUCGGAGCGGUCAGCGCCCCCGGAACAUGGCCACCGAGGUCCACAAUCUGCAGGAGCUCCGGCGAAGUGCCUCGCUGGCCACUAAAGUCUUUAUCCAGAGAGACUACAGCGAUGGGACCAUCUGUCAGUUCCAGACCAAAUUCCCCCCAGAGCUGGACAGCCGGAUCGAGCGGCAGCUCUUUGAAGAGACUGUGAAGACACUUAACAGCUUCUAUGCAGAGGCUGAGAAGAUUGGGGGCAGCUCCUACCUCGAGGGCUGCCUGGCCUGCGCCACCGCCUACUUCAUCUUCCUCUGCAUGGAGACCCACUACGAGAAGGUUCUCAAGAAGAUCUCCCGCUACAUCCAGGAGCAGAACGAGAAGAUCUUUGCCCCACGAGGCCUCCUGCUUACGGACCCCGUGGAGCGUGGAAUGAGGGUUAUCGAGAUCUCCAUCUAUGAGGACCGGUGCAGCAGCGGCAGCUCCAGCAGCGGCAGCAGCAGUGGCAGCGGCAGCAGCAGCGGCGGGGGCGGCGGGGCGGGGGGCCGGUGACUGGCCGAGAGUCCCUGCAGGGAGGUGUACGGCUGGACUGAGGGCCUUGCAGACCUGCGGCGGCUGCGCUACCAGAGCACCCGCUUCUGAGUCAUUCUCUGGGCCCACCCUGCUGCCCAGGGCGGGAGGGAAGGUGACCAGCCCAGUGUUGCCUGCCGGCCACCAAUUGGCUCCCCCUGCCCCUUGCCCGCUGGCAGGAUGGUCCACUUCCUGACCUGGCUCUUACCCGUCGGGGCUAGUCUGGGUCACAUAGAGGCAGGUCUUCCCAGGGAGGCUGGGGUGGGUACAACACAAUUUGGACAGCCCCUUUCUUUCACAGGACCCCUCCCAACACCCCAGAAAAGGAUCCAGGUCUGUCACACAGAGAAUUCCCAUCCUGCAUGAUUACUCAUCCCAAAUCCCACGUCCACCAGGACUCUCUCCCUCGGGGCCCUGCUCCCCAUGGCCGGCUCCCAGUGUCCACUCUUUCUGAUGGCACCAAGGGGCCUCUGCCUGUCUGUGAUCCUGCCUCACCGAAUUCAAGGUCUGGGGAGACAGGAGUGGUCGGCCUCUGGGCACUGUGGUGGGGAGCUGUUCAGCCUCCUCCUGACCUCUUUUAGACACAUGGCAUCCCUGACCUUCACCCAGAGCCGGGAGGCCAACUUGGCCUUGCCAGGAAGCAUCCAACUCCUGUGGCUUUGUAGGCCACCAGGUGCUAGGGGUCGGCAGACAGCCUGGGGCUCUGGGAGGUUAAAUGGGGGCCUGGAAAAAUGUUUCACGGCGUAAUGUAGCCUGGGGGGAUUAAAACCUCCAGAACCGAGGCCAACUUCCUGAGAUUAGAACCUGCGUGUAAGUGAGAAUGUGCACAGGCACGUGAGUGAGUGCGCUUUGUGCAUGAAUGCACGUGUGAGUGUAGGUAUGUGUGAGGACAGGUGUGUGCCUGAGCGCACUGGGAGUGCAUGUGUUUGCAUGUACAUGUGUGAGUGCACGUGUAUGUGAGAGCAGGUGUGUGAAUGUGUGUACACAUGUGUGCGUACCUCGUGUGAGUGCGUGCUCUUAAGUUGCCCUUGGCUGCUGGACCAAAGACCCCGCCCCUUUCUGCAUCCCGUCUUAUCAUCGUAUGCCAUGGUCUGGGGCUGCCUCCCUGUGUGGGUCCAGCCUGUCCCCCUGUAAAUAAAUGUCCUGACCGUC